CCCGCUGGGUUUCCAUGGCGACGGAUCCCCUGGCUUAUCCAUGGCGGCCGCGGCGCUGCCUUCGUCGUCCUCGGGAGCCGCUGGCGACGGGUAAAGCCCGGAGAGGUCGCGUUUUGGAGGGCAGCUGCUCCCCCCUUCCUCUUUUUCUCUUGCCCCCCCGUCCCCUCCCCGCUUUCAGGAUUCUUGCCUGCGCUGGCGAGGGAGGAGGGGGGAGGAGGCUGGUGCCUGCAGGUCGGACUCCUGGGUUCCCUAGAAGAAAAGUGGGUGCGCAUGCGUUUGUUUUGGUUUCCAUUCCACCCCCUCUGGUUGGUGACGCGUGUCUGCACUGUGACCAGUUCCUCCCCCUCUAUCUCACCCCCCGAGGAGGAGCCCUGUCGCAGCUGCACCACGGAGGCAGGCAGAAAUCCAACAGGUGCUGCAGGUUCCCAACAUCAGCCCAUUUCCGUUCAGAAGAGAACUUCUUUGUCUGCUCCGUUUCUGCCCCCAAGUGCAUCUGUCAAACGCACAGAGCAACCUCUUCAUUUAAAUAAAAAAGGUGUCAACCAGGCAUAGAUGAACUGCUCAAAACCCCAGUAUAGCGGGUGAUGAGGACAUGUAGAUAAUAUGGAAGUGAGUCUUUUGCCGCAUUCGUUUUGCCUAAGGAACUGGUUUGUAUUUUUCUGGCUGUGGGUAGUGACAAUAUUGGGGGGAAGAAGGGGGGCAAAAAUUGUGGGCAAAUUGCUUUUUUUUGCACGGGUGGGAGCUUUGCCCCAUCAGUAUCUGUUUGACUCCUGGGAGAGAAAUGUUUGCUGGACAUAAUAGAUUUUUGAAUGAGAAUAAACCCAUCUAGUUCACAAGAACAUCCUCAUCCUUAAUAUAUUUAGAACUGUGUAUGACACCGUCAGCUCCUUGGAUGAAAGACAGGAUACAAAUAAACAGCACCAGUCCUGGGCAUGUCGACUCAGAAGUCAGUCCCAUUGAGCUCAAUGGAGCUUGUUCCCAGGUAUUUGUGCACAGAAUUGCAGACUCAAAGACUUUGAGGAGUUCUUUGCCCAGCUGCAUGAGAGAGAAUCACGAUGAGCUGUAAGAGGGGUGCAACUUGGAAUUGUGUAUAUGAGAGAAAGACAAAGAAACAGAGUCAGGACUCCUGGGUUCUUUCAGAACACACUGAUUUUUGUGGCAGAAAAUCAAGACUUCUGAGUGUCUGUCACCACUCUGUGGAAGCUUCAUGGUUCGGAGGGAUUUAGGUCAGGUGUGAACAGAGACUCCUAGAGAAUUGGCUCUCUGGGCUGAAACUGUCUGCAAUAUAUUUCAUUUUGUACAUUUUUUCAACCUUUCCUUCAUCCAUUGCAGCAUUCAAGCCAAUUCCAAAUGGCUGGAUGCCCACUAUGACCCAGUGGCCAGCCUCUACACAUUUUCCUCUUGCGUCAGUAAGUCUGAGUUCGUUUUCUCUCUCCUUAAUAAGCAUUGUCUCUUUCCUGUUUUGAUGGGUGAAUAUGGCGAUCAUAAUGUACAGUGGUUGAGACAGGCAUAGUUUUGACUAUCUGCUGGUUCUCCCUGGGUUUGCAGUAGGUAAAAGCAUAUUUUGUUUUCCACACUGCAGCACGAGCAAUGCCUACUUUGUGACAGCUUGCUUUGGUGGAAGUGGUUAAGGAAGGAAGGCAAGGAUAGGUCCCGGCAGACUUGAGUGGUCUUUGGUGGGCCCUCUCCUGCUGGGACGCGGGUGGCGCUGUGGGUAAAACCUCAGCGCCUAGGACUUGCCGAUCGCAUGGUCGGCGGUUCGAAUCCCUGCGGCGGGGUGAGCUCCCGUCGUUCGGUCCCAGCUCCUGCCCACCUAGCAGUUCGAAAGCACCCUUAAGUGCAAGUAGAUAAAUAGGGACCGCUUACUAGCGGGAAGGUAAACGGCGUUCCGUGUGCUGCUCUGGUGCCGGUUCGCUGGAGCAGCUUCGUCACGCUGGCCACGUGACCCAGAAGUGUCUGUGGACAGCGCUGGCUCCCGGCCUCUAGAGUGAGAUGAGCGCACAACCCUAGAGUCUGUCAAGACUGGCCCAUACGGGCAGGGGUACCUUUACCUUUUACCUCCUGCUACAAUGUGCCUUGGUGGGUUUACCUGACAGCAGAGCUCUGAAUCAGUACCAGACAACUGGGAGCUGUCAUAUAGAUCUCCCAGAAUGCUCCAUAAUGUAACAUUGCUCUGGACCAUUGUGGGAAUAAGGAGUGACUCAGUCUGAGAACCACUCUUUUUAUAAGGCUGCAUCCUCUGUCCUGGAAUUUGUUGCCUCCAGUAGCAGACAUGUGGGGAUCAGAUGUGGCUUAGUAGUAUAGGAAAUGCUGUCUGCACAUGUUCAGAGCUGCGUCUUUCUUUUUUUGUCCAAUGGAAGGGAGGCACCCAGUUUCUACCCAUAGAAUGGCUGGAUAGGGAGGCAAUGGCUGACCAGUGCUGACCAGUGUCACCAUUUGGAUCUCUAAGAAGAAAAAUUGAGGGAGUGACCUGAGAAGCCCUAGUAGAAGUUAAGGCAAACAAAGUUGAUCAUCCACAUUGAUCAAUGGGGGUUGGACUUGAUGACCCUCAGGAUCCCUUCCAACUCUACGGUUCUAUAGUUCUAUGGCUGUAUGACUGAAGCUCGUCAGAAGACACCCCAUCUUCUGGGCAGUCGAGGCUAGUGAAGCACCCCUCAUUCCAACAUCAAGAAGCGAUGGCAUUGUGGAUAACCGAGGUCAGCAGUGUUGAUCCUCAUGCCCACCAGAAGGUGCGCCAUCCCCUUAUGGUAAUGUUGGGCUCACCAUGUCACCCUUCGUUCCACCAGAGGGUGCUACACCACUGUGUGGUUGAGGAAAGUGUAGCGCCAACCAUAUUGCAUCCUUUCCUCACCUGCUUUUACUUCUCCUGGAUGGUGGAGAUUCUUCUGUGGUCACAUGGCUGAUUUUAAAGCCUUCAAGGGUUGGGGGAGGUAUGUUAUUCUCCCACAGUGUCAGUUCAAGGCAUUUUGGGGUUUUGGGAGAAGUCUAUUAUUUCCUUGAAUUUCAGGAUUCUGAGUGGGUUAUUUCUUCCAAACCAGUAUUCGGAUUAAUACAGUACUUAAAUUCUCUGGUAUCUACUUUGUUUGCUUUGAUUUAAAGGUAAAGAAACACAUGGAAAGCCUCAGGACAAUAGUAGGGGUUCUCCAACAAGGGAAGUCACUCACUUCUGUUGAUCUCAUGAAAGCAUAUAGUUAAUUUUCCCUAUUCGAACAGCUCCAGAGAAGCUCCUUCCAUUCCAGCAUCCGAGUUUCUGCUAAAGCUGUGUGCCUCCCUGUUGACUUACCUGCAUCUGCAGGAGACUUGCAUUAACCUAUAUUUUCUUAACAAUUCUGUUGUUUGCAUCUGUCUAUCUUGGGGGACAAUGGAGGGGUGUGCCUCUGGGGUGAAGUCAAUUGCAGGUGACUUUACUUUCAACAGGGGAUGUUGCCUGGUAUCCUUAUAAAAAUAGUAGCUUUGGGGGGGAUGGGGCUCCUCUGCCCUCUCCCCUGUUUAUGUGUGGGUCUUUUUAAUGGGGCUGAUACAGGUUCUGCUGUCUUUUCCAGCCCUGGCUGACCUGCAUGGUGAUGGAGACUGUAAGGUAAGGGAACUGUCACUGUCACAUCCACAAACCCUUCUCUUGUACUGCCCAUAUUCAUCACACCUGCAAAUCUGCUGCCUUUUGGGUGCCUCUUCCCUUCUUUCUCUACCUCUCCAUCUGGCCUAAUAGGCUUUUGUUGCAUGAAUACCAUUUUUCUUGUGUAGAUUUUGAGUGCACGUUCCUAGUCUCCUCUUUGUUCCUUUUGCCUGCUUGCUUUUAGGUUUCAGAGCCUCCGAAGGGACACACAUCCUUGGGUCUCAUUCAAGGAGGCUCCUAGUUGUUGUUUUGCUUUCCCCCUUUCCCAGCUGGUGGUGGGCGACCUGGGCCCUACAGGACAUGAGAUGAAGCUGAAAGUGUACCACGGCAUGGACCUCCUGAGCGAGAAUGUCCUGUUGGACUUGCCCACAAGUGUGGCUGCCUUCCUGAUGGAGCGUCAUGAACUGUGUGUUCCUGCUGUGGGGGUGGCUGCCGGUCCCUACAUCUACGUGUACAAGAACAUGCGCCCCUACUUCCGCUAUGCUCUGCCCCCCUUGGAAGUCAACUCCACAGAGAAGGAUGUCUGGGAGCAGGCAAAGGAGGUGAGAAGGAGGAGGGAGGGCUUGGGGAAGCUGUCUGCUAGCCAGAACCCCUUUGGUCAUGGGUCUUUAGGUACCUUCCCUCCCAUCCUUCCUGCCUGAGGGCCAGUGUGGUUGGAGCAGAAGUGGUGAACUUCUGCCUGGCUCUCGGGUCUCUCUCAAGGCCAUAGCCUCCACCCCCAGACCAUACCCCUUACUAGACCUGCUUUUUCACCCUUCCUGGGUGCUUUUGCAAGGCUGGAAUAUGUUCUAUGAAGCCUCUUGCUUGCCUGUAUGGAGGGCAAAAAAGGGUUGUGUUGAAACUGCAUGAAAAUAUAAAAUUUGUAUCCAUUGCUCCAUCCACUUUUGCUGCUGGAUCUGCCCACCACUUGGUCAGCCGUUGACUGUCCUCCUUCUCUCUUGGUAGGACAAGGUUGACCUUCUGUCAAUGAAGGAGACACUGGAGAUGAUCCGGUAAGGAGCUCUGAAGCUGGGCAGGGCGAGACCAAGUCUUCUGAGCCAUCUCUAAACAUCAGGAGGAUAAGCAAACAAGGCUUGGGGGUCAACUAGGGGCAGGUGGGAAUGGAGAGCAUGCCAGGCGGAGGCGGGGGUUAUUUCUUACAUUGGCAUGCAAAAAAAUAUGCUUUAUAAUCCGCUUUUUGGUCACCCCCACAUGUCUGGGCUAUGAAAGCUCCCAUUUAAUUGACUAGAGAAGCAGAGUCUCAGGGCGAACAAGCUUGCCUAGGGCUCUGUGGUUCAGGACUGUUCACUGUGCCACACUGGCAUGAGCCACAGAAGCCCAAGGCUCUCCCCCCUGACUUGCCUGAUGUGUUUCAACAGGGAAAACGCAGACAGAGAAAAUACGGAGCCGCCCUUGUCAGUGCAGUCCUUGAGGUGAGUUCUUUGGUGUGGGCAGGGCUGGGAAUCUCCAGGCAGGGCUGGGAAAAGCUCCUGCCAGAAAUCCUGGAGAACUGCUGCCAGUCAGUGUAGUCUAUACUGAGUUAGAUUGGCCAGUGCUCUGACUCAGUACAAGGCAGUUUUGGAUGUUCCUGUAAUGCCCACUCCAGCCCAAGUUCUCUGCUUCAGGCUGAUGGGAACACAGCUUUGAUUGUGAGAAAUGGUCUCCUUUUUUCAUCCUCUGUUGAAGGCCGUCUCUCUCCCUCUCCCUCUCCCUCUCCCUCUCCCUCUCCCUCCCCCCCCUCUGUGUGGGCUGGGACCCUGGGCUCCUUUCAUCACCUUCCCCAUCUGCUCUGCAGGUUCCUGGCCCUUGACCCUCCUGAGAUGGAGUCCUUUGUGAACCAGUAUAAAAUGCAGCCGCUCAAGCGCCAGGUGUGUACUCUGAUGUUCCAUAUCCACUCCUGCCCUGAACAUCCCAGAAGAGGAAGAGGUUUGGGAUGCUGUUUGGUUGAUCCCAGGCAAAUAUUGCCAACUCUUCCCUGAAGCCAAGAAUGGCCUUGCUUAGGUGACACAUCUUUUAAAAUCACGACUUGGGGCAAUCAAGUAGCAAAAGGGUUAGGCACAAGCUUCCCAUGCCCCCAAAUGUCCCAGAUUGGAAGUGCACUUACAGAACCAGUUGCCCAUGGCUGGGAAACAUAUCCUAGUCCCUUGGGGUUCACCUCUCUUGAUGCAUAAAGUUGCCCCUUUGCCCCUCCUUAUCUUUCAGUCACUGAUUACCUGUAUGACUACCCUGAAGAAGAGCGUGGCAGACGAGGGCUCUAUCAGCUGCCUGGUGCUUGGGACGGAGAACAGCGACAUCAUCAUCUUGGAUCCUGAGCCCUUCAGUAUGCUGGUGCAGGUGAGGCCCUGGAGAAGAGUGCUCUGAAGCUCAAUAGCAUGCUUAUUUCAAGAGGGGAAAGAGAGGGCCAUUUUGUUCUCUGCCUUAUGCCCUUUGAGGCUAAGCGGAAGCCGCUCGCUCUGGUGUUCCUCACAAUCGCAACAACCAGUUGCAGAAUUCAAGACAAUGUUGGGGGAAUCGAGUAUUGGAGUCGGGACUGAGGAGAUCUGCUUUCAGAUUUGCUCCCAACCCUGAAGUUAACUGGGCGAUCUUGGGCAGCCAUCAUAUUUCAGCCUUAACCUACCACCGAUGGAUGUUAUGAGGAUGCAAAAGGAAUAUUUUUACAAAUUUCCUCCCUGGGAGGAAGUGUGGGAUACAAAUGCAAUGAAUGAAUAAAACAAUAAGCUGUUCGAUUCACCAUUCCCUGUAGUGGGAGCUAGACCAUGAAGGUGAUUGGGACACUGCGCCACCAAUCUUAGUCUGGCUUUUGCCAACCUCCACUUCACUGUUUCCUUACUUAGAAGUGUGGCUGCACUUGUCUGGCUCCAGUUACUGUUGCCUUGUGCCCUAUCAGUUCUGGUAAGUGCCAACCUCCACUGAUUGCAUGGCUUCCGGUUUAAAAACGACAACAAAGAGCAGGUUUCUAGAUUUUGUAGGUUUGAAUGCUGUGGCCCAUGUCUGUGAAAUCUCAGGAGGCUGAGUUUCAGUGGCAGGGAUAUUGGUAACGAAUGGGGGUGUCUGUUUCAACUAGAAAACCCUCAAAACUGCCCAGGGGUGACCACCCGCCUGCCAAUCCCAUCCUGGUGAUGUGACUAUUUAAAAUAGGUCCCUCUCGCGUCUGUCCCCUGCGAGGCAACAUGCCAGGGAGUGGGGCAGUAUCCGGCUUCAGCACUGUUUUUCUUUUUUAAUGGCAGACAAAGGUACCAAGCGUGCCAGCCUUUCUGGACGUCACAGGACAGUACGAUGUGGAAUAUCGGCUCAUAGUGGCCUGCCGUAAUGGGUGCAUUUACAUCCUCCGCAGGUGGGCAGAGGAGGAGCUGCUGGGGGUGUUUUGGGAGGGCAGAGAGGGCCUGAUGGGUUGAAGAGGGAGGCUGACAUAUUUCAGAGCAAGCUCUUAAGAAUAUGGCAAGGAAAAGCCCCAUAUCUUGUGCAUCACCCAUCUUGGCACUGGAGUUGCCUGCUUUGCUGACCACAAGGAGGCCAGGCCUGGACUUGACCUGCCACUGCUGUCUUUCUCUCCCACGCAGGAACUCCAAGCGACAUAAAUACUGCAUUGAGCUGAGUUCUCAAGCCGUGGGCUUGUCCUGGGUCCAAAAGAACAUUGUGGUGGCCUGCUCCGACGAAACCCUUCAAAGCUUUACUCAGAAGGUUGUGGGGUCAUGGGGUGGAGGGCAGCUUUAAUCACUGGCCACAGCUUUGGCAAUCUGCCUCACCUCAAACUGUCAACUGAAGGCAGCAGCUCUUAACUUGAACCUUGGCUCACUUCUGGAACUCAAGGUGCAUUAGAGUUAAGUGAAUGGAGCCAAGGUACAUUGAAGGGCAUUGUGUUGUGUAAGUGUAUGCAUGUGGUCCCCAGGUGGUGCUAUUGCUGUGCCCAAUUCUGUUUUAAAGGAGGAUCUUGUUAAAAGAAGGGUAAUCCUAGUGGGGGGUGGAGGGCCUUAAUUAGCAAGGAAAUCAAUUGGGGGCCAGGUUGGAGAAGCUGUUCUGUCGGGUUCCUGAAUGUCUUUUUCUCGUGGCAGGGGAAGAAGCUCUGGGUGGUCCCGUUGCCAGCCACCCCCAUCACUUUGAGUCUCAUAGAUGAGAAGUUCCAGAGCUUCCAUGCUGUUCUGGUCGCCUUGGCCAAUAUGGAGGUGCACAUAUACCAGGACAAGAACCUUGUGAACAUCAUCCAAACGCAGGUGAGAGGCAGGAACAGGGGGUGCCCACAUUCAGGGCUGAAUGAGGGCAUUCUGGUGGUUUGGCACAGGAGCUGGUUGCAGCGUGGGUGGGGGAGGUGUUUGUGUGUGAGACUGUAUGUUUGUUUCUCUGAGCCCAGGCUGCUCUGUCUCAUCCCUCACUCUAACGGGAUGUGUGUUUGUCAUCUGUGGGAUUGAAACAGGAGAACUAGAGAACCAAGACUCCUUGAGUAAGUUCCUGGAAAACAUGGCUCCUGUUGAAUGUGGGUCUGGUAAGGCAUUGGAACUUGCCUAUGACUUGGUCACACCACUGGUCCUUCUUGCCCAGGAUCCCUUUUCAAACUGGGGAUGUUGAGGAUUCAACCUGCAUGCAAAGCAGAAACUCCCUUGGUCCAGAGAGGCACCCUUCCUGCUGCAGAUGGCCUUCCCUACAGUUCCCUUCUUCAGUAACAGUUCACAGGCUGUAUCCUCACUCAGCCUACCUGUUCCAGACCUGCUGUGGGCCGUUCCUGGCCCUUCUCAGCUCCUGAACUGAGCACACAGGGAGAGGGAGACUGUUCUUGGCAGAGGGAGGACCCACAGGAGGUGAAGGAGAGCUGGCAGGGAGGCAACCUGGGAGGAGAUGAGGUGCCCUGGGCUGGGAGGGUGGAGAUGCAGUGAGAGAGCCAUGAGAAGACAAAGAGCUCCCAUAGGGAUGUGGGAACCUGACAAAGGCCAAGUCACACCAUUGGUCCAUCUAGCUCAGUAUUGGCUACCACUGAUUGGUCGCUGCUCUCCAGGGUUUCAGGCAGAGGAUAUUCCCAGCCUUCCUCCUAGCUGGAGAGGCCAUUGGGGAUUGAAUCUCAGACCUUCAGCAUGAAAAGCAGGUGCUGCACUACUGGCAAAGACCAAAUCAAAGAAAGGAAAGCUAUACGGCCACACCAAAGACAAGCCCACCUGUCUUCCUUCUCCCUGCGAAAAGCAGCAACCCACCUUCAUCUCUUUUUCUCUGUUUCUGCUGCCAGGACGUUGUCAGCAGCAUCUGCUUCGGCCGCUAUGGGAGGGAAGAUAACACGCUUGUCAUGACCACCAAAGGUAAGAGCAGAUGUUGUGCCUUGUGAAGUCAGAGCACUGAGCCCGACCUUCUGCCCUUCCCCAGGGGGCAGCCAGCAGGUAGCAUUCAGGGGUAAGCUGCACCUGAGCAUAGAGGCUUUGAAAUCUACAGAGCUAGAGUCUGGUUGCAGCAUGCAGUUGUCCCUCCUGAUAUGGAGCCCAAGCUGUGAAGAACGAGGUGCAGCUGAGAAUUUUGCUGAAGAUGCUCAUCUCUCAGGCUUUCUUGGGAGAAAGUCAUGUUGGUCUAAACUUGCUGGAGUGGGUUGUAUUGAACAGGGGUGGAGAGCCUAUCAAGUGAAGGCACUUCCCUGUCCUACUUGACUCCUUGCCCAUCUGUCGUUUCUCCCCCUUCUCUCUCUUAAAAAUUAUUUAUAGUUUUCAGAUUUAUACGGUUCACUGAUUAUACAAUCAUUUUGACAUUUCAAAACUUGACUUCCUUCCCCCACUUUCUGCAGUUCCUUAACUUUAUUUUUAAUAUCUUCUGCAUAUCCAAAUUAGCUUAAUUUGUUCAUUUAUUCAUCUUCUUUAAAUAUAUACUCUUAAGAAACUGCAGGUUAUUACAAGAAUCCUGCCAAUGUUUUUAUCUGCUUACAAUUUAUCUGUAAAUAUUCAAUAAACCAUUUCCAUUAUUUUAUAAAAAGUUUGUUAUCUUGAUUUCUUAUCCUUCCAGUAAGUUUAGCUAUUUCUGCAUAUUCCAUAAGUUUUUGUAUCCAUUCUUCCUUUGCUGGGACUUCUUCUUCUUCUUUCCAUUUUUGGGCGAGUAGCAUUCUUGCCGCUGUAGUCGCAUACAUGAGUUUCUGCUCUUCUCCUAGGCGGGGGCCUGAUCAUCAAGAUCCUAAAACGCACUGCCACGUUUGACAAGCGGGAUGCGGUUGUCGGAGCCCCCGUCGCCCAGAGCAUCAAGCUCAACGUGCCCAAGAAGACAAAGCUGUAUGUGGACCAGACGCUACGGGAGCGGGAGAGUGGCGUGGGUGAGUCGCAUGAGCAGUGCGUCUCGGAGCAUGGCAGCCUCUCUUACAGGCACACAACAUCCCAGCCAGAUGCAAACUCCUAGCUCCUUCCUCUAUGGUCUCUGGAUCAGGAAACAUUUCCUCCUUACACAUGUAGAGGCUUUAGGAAUCUCUCUUUGAAUAAACCUUAAAAAUGGCUAGUUUUUUUGUUUACCUUUUUUAUAUAAUAAUUUAUUGAUUUUCCAAAAAUAACAAUUAAAAAAACCCAGAAAAAAUCAUAACCAAAUUAAACCAUGAAUUUUGAUCGACUUCCCUCCACUCCCCCUCUUGGUUCCAUUACAAUGUACUUGUUUAUGCACAUCCAUAAAACCUUAUAUACUUAACAAUCCAAUGUUAAAACCUUCUUCAUCUUAUUACAGGUGACUUUUAAAAGUUAUACUAAUGUAAAAAUCUGUACACAAAGCUUUAAAAAUAUGCUUUAAACAAUUGCCCUUUUUUGUAAUGAUUUGUCCUGGAUAGUUUAAUAAUUUAUUUUGCCAAUCUUCAUCUUUAUCUUCUUCUUUAUGUUCUUUGGCUGAGGCUUCUUCCUUCCAUAGGGGCUGGCUGGUCUUGGCCUGGAGUUCAAUCUCGCGUAUCGGAACAAAGUAUUUCGUUCAAACAAUUCAUCAAGUCCUGUACAUCUCAAUACCAUAACUGUGUUUGAUCAUAUUUUUCCACAGUUGCAGCAUAAGAACCCCCGAGAAUUCUGCUAAACACAAAAGUCCCUGUUCAUAUUUUGUGGCUAUGAAUACAAACUGGUGGGACGUGGGUGGCGCUGUGGGUUAAACCACAGAGCCUAGGACUUGCCGAUCAGAAGGUCGGCAGUUCGAAUCCCCGCAACGGGGUGAGCUCCCGUUGCUCGGUUCCUGCUCCUGCCAACCUAGCAGUUCGAAAGCACAUCAAAGUGCAAGUAGAUAAAUAGGUACCGCUCCGGCGGGAAGGUAAACGGCGUUUCCGUGUGCUGCUCUGGUUCGACAGAAGCGGCUUAGUCAUGCUGGCCACAUGACCCGGAAGCUGUCUGCGGACAAAUGCCGGCUCCUUCGGCCUAUAGAGCGAGAUGAGCGCCGCAAUCCCAGAGUCGGUCACUACUGGACCUAAUGGUCAGGGGUCCCUUUACCUUUACCUUAUACAGGAAGACCUUUAUGUGGAGCGUUGUUUGUGGGUGAUCUCAGCCAGGAAAGAGAUGCUCAGAAUUGAUUCUAGGACCUAAGUGCUCUAGCACAACAGACCCCCUAAUUUCUGCAGGCAGAGGGUGGUUUGAUGACGGCACAAGGGAAGGUCUCAUUUCUCUCCUCCCUCCUCCCUGUUUCACUUUGCUUCCUUCCCAUUCCCCGCCCUCGCCCAGCCAUGCACCGGGUGUUUCAGACGGACCUGAGCCGCAUCCGACUCAUGGCGGCCCGAGCCUACGCCCAAGCGCUUCAGUGCAACAUGACGCCUGUGUCUGAGUCGGCGCAGGAGCAGCUGAAGAUGAACGCUGUGGUGAGGAGGAAGGGGGAGGGGGAAAUGAAUACAGGAUUGGUCUGAAUCGAGGCGGGCUUCCUUGAAAAUGGUGCCAAUCCCUGGAAAAGAGAAGACAGCUGGAGGGGUGACCCCAGGAUGGGGUGAGGGGAGGAAAGGAAAUAGUGCGUUAAAUCAGAGGAUGGUGCAAGAAAAAAGGUGGGCUGCUUUUAAAAAAAGGAGUAAAUUGGUCCCAGCCAGGGAAGAGUGGAUAACCAAGAUGAUGGACUGUGCCGAAAUGGCGAAGAUGACAGUGAAGAUCAGACACCAAGAUGAGGAAAAAUUCAGUAAAGAAUGGGGGGCAGGGAUUAUAGAGCAUCUUAAAGACCACUGUAAAUAUUUAAAAAUGCUAGCAGGAUUGUUAUAACACUUAUAAUGAAACAAAAUUAAAGUUCUAACAAAGAGAUAAAAUGGAUUGGGGAAAUGUGAUUAGAUGCAAUAGAAAGAAUAAUUAAAAAUGGGAAACUAGGGGAGGGUGGGGGAAGUCCAGGGAUUCAAGUAAUCUCAAAUGUGUAAAAAUUGAAAAUGAUUUAAAUGUAUAAGAAUUUUGUUAAAAAUGAAAAUAAAAUAGUUAAAAAUAAAUAAAUAAAUGGAGUAAAUUAGGAAUUCUUGAGAAGGGAUGGGCUUUGCUUGAGCUGUUGUAUCCAACUAAGUCAUGCUCACAGUAGACUCACUGAACUCAAUAAACUGGAGUAGCUCAAGUUCAUUGGCGUCAGUGGGCCUAAUCUGAUUUUGGGUCCCUCUGGAUUACCUGUUUGUUGAGAAUUCAUCCUUAUUUUCUUGCACAGACCUUAGGAGGAGGUUUGAUUAUAUCUGGUCAUUAAUGAGCAUUAUACCUCUUCCCAUUAAUCAUUUGUUCAUCCCAUAUUUUGUAUUUCCCUCUCACUUUCCAAACCGUAAAAUGUCCAGUUCUUUUUUUUAAAGUGGAUUUGUUGUGCUAGGGCUGUGCAAACCUAAAGUUCCCAUGUGCUUUCCCCUGCAAAAUAGUGAAAGUCCGGAGGCACCUUUGGGUUGGAUAUUACCCAGAGUCCCCUCUUGAUGAAAUGUUGAGACAUUGCUGAGACACUUCCCCCCCCCCCCAUCCUCAUUCCCCUUUGUCUCACACGCUCAUUCCCAUAAUGCACUUCUCUCCCUUCUGCAGGUCCAGGGCAUGGGCCCUACCUUCAAGUUGACCCUUAACCUCCAGAACAUGUCAGAUACCCGUGCAGUCGCCAACCUUCUCAUCAGCUUCCUGUAUGAUGAAAAACUCUACUCCAUAGAGCAUUCUUUCUUUAAGGUAAUUCCAUCCUUCUCCUAAAUUGGAUCUCCCCUGACUCCCUCUCCUAAAUGUUUUGCACAGGCCCCCUGUAUAACCAGUCCAGCAGCCUUCUCAGAGUAGAGUUGUCAUGCGUCUGGAAUUUCCGGGACAUAGCUGCGAUUAGGCGGUCAGAAGCAGUGUCCGGGCGGGAAACACUAAGAUGUCCUUGAAAAUCCAGACAUAUGGCAACCCAUGUCAGAAGUGUAGGUUAUCCCUGUUUAGGGAAGCUUUUAAUAUUUGAUGAAUCAUUGUAUUUUAAUAUUCUGCUGGAAGCCACCCAGAGCGGCUGUUGAAAGCCAGCCAGAUGGGCGGGGUAGAAAUAAUAAAAUUAUUAUUAUUAUUAUUAUUAUUAUUAUUAUUAUUGAUUUCCUUACAAAUAGCUCAAAAACUUUUUUUAUUGAGAUUUUGCAAAAAUAGCUCAACAACUUUGGCCAAAAACCCUAACUCAGGCUCAGCUGGAGUUACAGAUUUGCCCCUUGCUACACGCCUCCCUCCUUGGGCUCUUAGCCCUCUUCCCCAACACGCUGCUUGCCAUAAGAAUUUCCUGCAUUUUUCUUGCCUCCCUGCAGACUCCCAUGUUGGUUCCAGGAUUGAAUUACCCUCUGGCCACCUUUGUGGAGUGUCUGAGCGAACAAGGGACCUCGGAUAUUAUUAAGGUUAGUGUUCCUGCUUUGAUUCCCCACCCCACUCCUGACAGGCCUGCCCCUUGACUUCCCAUGCCAUUGAUUUCCCAGUUGUUUCAGUCUUGGGGGGCUUGCCUGUCAAAAGAAAAAGCCUGCCUUCCCUGUGCCUUGUUCCCAGUUUGUAUGCUGACUUGCAAUCCAAGAUGGCCGCUGUGUUGGCAUGCCGACCACAGGCCCUCCCUCCUCUCAUCUCCUUCGUGUUGCAGGUGUUUGUGUUGCACGAGGGGGAGCCUGAACCACUGCUGACGGCGCACAUCAACAUGCCUGUCAGCGAAGGCCUGGCGGCUGUGUGAGCUCAAGGUCGAGUGUGAGCUCAGGGUUGAGCGGAGGAGAGGAAAAGGGCCAACCCACUUGUAGUCUUCUCUCUGGGCCGUGUGCCUCAGCAGUAGCAUAGACUUUACCUCCAUCAGUUCUGGGAAGGGCCACCUGGAGAGGAGCGCCACCCUAGGAUAGCCGGCGUCAUUUGCGAUGGAGGUAUGCGGAGUUCCUCCUCACACUGAGGAAGAGCCCACAUCCAGGGGCUGCCACAGGAUUAGCCACAGCUCGUCUGCUGGGCCCAGAAAUGGAGAGGUGGAACAGCAAAUGAAGUCCAGUGGUUCAAGAGCCCAAUAAAUUUUAUUUAUUCUUAUGCUUGUCUUUGGGGCAUGUAUCUGGGUGAAGGUGUUUGGAGCAUUGGAGAAGGAUGUACAGUCAUACCUCGGAAUGAAUACGCUUCAGGUUGAGCAUUUUCAGGUUGUGCUCCGCGGAGACCCGGAAGUAACGAAGCACGUUACUUACGGGUUUUGCCACUCGCGCAUGCACAGACUCUCAAAAUGAUAUCACGCGCAUGCAUGGAAGUGGCAAAACGCGACACGCACACGCACAGUCACAUAUUACAUUCGCUUCAGGAUGCGAACGGGGCUCCGGAACAGAUCCCGUUCGAAUCCAGAGGUACCACUGUGCAGAAACGAUCAGGGGGCUUGAGCACCUCUGCUAUGAUUGGAAGUUAAAAUUUGUUGGACUUUUUUUCUUUAGAGAGGAGGGAUAUGGCCAUUGAUUGAUUGAUUGAUUGAAUUUAUAUACCGCCCUAUACCCAGAGGUCUCAGGGCAGCUCACAGAACAAAAUCAAAAUACAAAACCACAAAAUAUAUAAUUAAAGUAAAAGCACAUCCCAGUAACCCCUUUUGAGCAUAAGGGUGCGGAGGGAGAUGUGAAGGCAGAACCCCUGUGAGGCUGUUUCCAGGUUUGAAUGAGUCCUCAGUGGACUCUCCUUCUUCCCCAGAGAUCCCUUCUCCUGCCUAUGGCUAUUCCUGGCUAGAGCAAUAGAUGGUAUCAGGCCAUUAUUUAAGAUUUCGGACAGUGCCCUCACAAUGCCUGAUGCUUCCACUGUUCUGGAGCAUAGUGGGAAAUAUAGAUUCACAUGCAGCAGCCACUUGGCCCAGGACAAGCAUCAGCUCCUCAAAGCCCUCCACUCCCAAUAGUUGCCCGAGACGUCUGCAUGCUGACACUGGGGCCUGAAUUCAUGUCACAUGUGGAACUGGGCUGCCCAUCUAUUAGGUUCUCUGUUUUGAGACGUGGGCUGGGGGAGAAUUUAAUUCCGCUCAAACUGAAAUGUAAAUCUUCCCAAUCCACAGUGAUGCACAGUGUGGAGGGAGUAGAUGGAGAGAAGUUUUCUCCCUCUCAUAAUGCUGUAACAUGGGGUUAUCCAGCAAAGCUGGAGAGAGGGAGGCCAGACAACAAGAAGUCCUUCUUCACCUUAGACCUAUCUUUUGGGUUCUGGGGUGCUGCAGACGAGGAGCAAGCGCCCUCAAGGUCUGAACCAAAGUUUGGUUUCAGGAAGCCACAGUCAUCUGCCAUAAAACUUUGAAAUAAGCUGAAAUACAGUGACAGCCCCUACAGUUGCUGAGUAGUUUUGAUUUCUGAAAACCUUUUUUGUUCCUUGCCAAUUAUUAUUAUUAUUAUCAUGAUCAUCGCUCUACCUCUUGGGUUUAGCUGAAUUUGGACCGGGAGCAGGUUCCCUCCUGUGAAAGCAGAUUUCCUCAUAUGACUUCUGAUAUCUUGUGUAUCCCUGCUGAAAUCCAAGAAAGCCUUUGUGACCCUUUUCGUUUUAUUUUAUUUGAAGUCCUGCGAGUCAGUAUCAAGUCUCAUUAUUUGCUCCACUGAUAUCUAUGGUUGUCUUUUUAUUUGGCAUACUCCCUGUUCCGAGUUACUUGUGUUUUCUGUUGGACUAAACUGGAAUGUGGAAGAUAAGAAUGAAAAAGACACUCCACAUGGCAUAAAACAUAGGAGAUAGGCAUGAAAGAACAUGAAUACUCUCUAUGUUGGGCUUCUCAAGGCUGAGGCUGGUGAUUUCUGCUCUAGAUAGCAGCACAGCUGGUGACUAUUAUCCUUCUUUAUAACAUAAACACCAACAUGAGAAUUUAAUUCUCGGGUUGUCUGGGGCAGGUCAUGGAGUAGAAGAGAUUGCUUUGAAUCAAUGCAUAGUUCACACCAAAGCUUCUUUAUAUUUAGAUGGAAUUUUGAAUAUAUUUUGUCUGUCUCUAGAUUUCACUUCCCUUUUGUUUUUCCAAUUCUGUUAUUCUGUGAUCAUAUUGUGGUUUGUUGUACCAUCUCAUACAACACUGUUGAGAACAUAAACUUUGGGUCGUUC